CUUUGCCAGUUACUUUUGAACCAGCGGCUCGAUCGGCAGGAGCCUGCGACCAGUGACCGUGAUCCGGGGGGUGAAAUCUGUGUGCCAGUGUGCGCGCAGUGCAAUGUGAUUAGUAGUGCCGCAUUGAUUAGUUUCGUUUCUAUUUAUUGCAAGUUACGUGCGUGUGUGCGUUUAUCAAUUGACGCGUCUGCAAGGGAAGGAGAAAAGCACUCAAAACAAUGGUGGAAACACAGGUCGUUGUUCAAUCGAAUUUAGAGCCCAAACCGGGGACGGGCGGCAUCGAUGCGGAACAGCAGGGCGGUGGUGGUGUAACAACGACGACAAACGCAACCACUACAACCGCAGCAACGGACGAUCAUUACGAUCCUUCCGUCCGGAUACUGCACAUACCGAAGCAGACGGACGGUUCCUGUGGCUUUCAUCUGACCCGCAGCAAAUGGGACCCGUAUCCUUGGGUUAGCGGCGUGGAUGCUGACUCACCGGCCGAGGUGACCGGGUUGAAGGUUGGCGAUUGCGUUCUGGAGGUUAACAACGAAGAUGUCCUCGGCAUGCGGAUCGCGGAGGUCGCCGGCAUGGUGCGGGCCAAGGCGGACAUCGUGACGCUGCUGCUGUGGAGCACCGGCAUGGAGCCGGCCUGCAAUCCCGAAUCGCUCUGCUGCGGUCCGAUGCCGAUCAAUCUCGAGCGGCUAACGGCCAGCAUGCAAACGAUUGUGGCCGCGCUGGAGUGUCCGGUCUGUUUCGACACGAUACCGCCGCCCGUUUUCCAGUGCCAGAACGGGCAUCUGGUGUGCUCGCGGUGCCGGGUCCGGGCGGAACGUUGUGCCAUCUGUCGCGAACGGUACACGGUCGGGCGCUCGUUGCUGGCCGAGCAGGUGUACCAGUCCAUUACGGAGGCGUUCAAUCUGCGCGAGGGCACGGACGGGAAGCUGCGCGAGCGGCUGUUUGGAGCGCGCUGUACCCGGCAGCCGAAGCGGGCCUCGUCCUGCGAUCGGAAGAAAAGCCCGUACGGUAGCGAUAGCCAUCUGGUGCCGAGCGGGCGGCCCAUACACUCGCACACGCACAAGUUCCUGGCGCGCAUCAUGGGCAAGGCCAGCUCGGUGGACAAUCUGAGCAAGCACGGCGGUGGCGGGCAGCACAUGCAGCCGCCGGACGUGGUGGGCGAUCUGCAGGGCUCGAAGGGCAAAUCGCUGUCGCUGUCGACGAGUGAGAUAUUUAAGCGCGACAAUUCCGUGUCGGUGCUGCGCUGCCCUUCGGCGAAUCGGUUGGCACCGGAGCUGUCCGGCUCGUACAACAGUCUCGCGAUUCGCCGACCGACCUCGUCCAUGUCCUGCAACGUGUCGGUGGAAAGUCUUAGCAGCAUUCCGGAGAACGGCAUACAGCUGACUGUGCCGGUGCGCCCUCACUCGUACCACUGUCCGUGUGGCGAGUACUGUGCGGAUUUAAUAGCCGCGCCGGAGCUGCAGGAUCACGUGACCGUCCAUCACCGGACGCCGGUCAUAUCGUUCGGGACGGCGUCGGCCGAAAUAUCGCUCCCACCGCGUACGCCCGUCGACAAUGCGUGUCUGCUGUUGCUGCUGGAUGGUCAUAAAUUUUGGCUGAAGCUCAUCUCCGACACAAGCACCAUCGGUGACAUCUUCCUUUCGGCGCUGCUCGAGGGCAGCCCGGAGCAGAGCAAAAACUACGCGCUGGAGGUGAUCGUGCGCAAGGCCGGGUUCGACCACAUCCUCGGCAAGGAGCUGAUCUCCCGCUCCGAGGUGUACUCGAUGGUGGACAAAUCGUGGAACGAUCUGGUCAACAGCAAGUCGGGCGUGUUCUAUACCGGCGUCUGCAUCCGCGCCACCUUCAGCCCGGAGACGGAAAUUUUGCUCAAAGUGUCCAUUAAGCGUCUGGCGGACCUUUAAUCUUCGGAUGUGUGCUUGCAAAGCCGCCCAGUUUCCUUGCCUUUUGUUGCUGUUUACGUUGCUGUGUAUGUUUUGUUCUGCGGAACUUUGUAAUCAUGUAGAGUGUAAAGCAUUUCCACAUGUUACCGUGGGCCGAUAUGGUCACAAUCGAAAGGAGACGUACAUUUUGUUAAUAAAACCUCUCGUUCUGUAUUGUCCUAUUUAUAAUAA